CCAACGGUCGUGAGGCGCCUCAGGCUUCCGGGACUGCCGCUGUUACCCGGGAAACGGGCUCGGUUCUUCGGCUGCCGGCGAUCCGCUCCCCUGCCGCUGUACCGUCCCAGGACGCUGACGAGGGCUUCACUCUCCUGUUCCUGACCGGGGCCUGACACAGCCGGCCGGUUGUCUCUUGCCGUAGCUCCCUUCAGGCGGGACUGUGCCUGCGUCCUUGCCGCGGGAUGAAGAGGAUCUUCGGGUUCGGAAAGAAGAAGAAGGAGCAGCCGCCGACCGGCAGCGCCCCCCAGCCCAGCCCCACCGGUGCUUACGAUCUGCACCUGAAGGACUUGGGCAAGCUGCACCGGGCCGCCGCCAGCGGCGACUUGGCCCAGGUGCGGCGGGGACUGAAGAAAUACGGCAUCGACGGGCGCGACAAGGCCGAGCGGACACCUCUGCAUCUCGCUUGUGCAAAUGGCCAUGUGGAUGUUGUUGCAUAUCUAGUAGAAAACAAAUGUAAGCUUGAUCUUUUCGACAGGGAUAAGAGAUCACCACUCAUGAAGGCAGUACAGUGCCAGCAAGAAAAAUGUGUGGCUAUUCUGCUAGAGAAUGGUGCAGACCCUAAUUUGGCAGAUGCUGAUGGCAACACUGCCUUGCACCUGGCUGUCAUAUCUCCUAAUAUAUCUGUAUCAGAAUUAUUACUUCAACAUGAUGCCAAUAUUGAUGCUCAGAAUAAGGAGGGAUGUACCCCCCUUAUUCUUGCUAUCUCUGAACAUCAGGAAGAGGUAGUAGAUUUUCUCCUUAGAAAAGGAGCUGACGUGCAUGCUCGAGAUGAGUGUAAAAGAACACCACUUAUGACUGCUGCUUCUGGUGGGGAGCCUAACUUAAUAAAAGUUCUUCUGCAAUAUGGUGCAGAUGUUUCCCAAAAAGAUGCUAAUGGAUGGACAGCUGAGGAGUAUGCUCUUAUUCAUGGACACUCUAGUCUCAGUAAACAACUGGCACAACACACAGAUUGGGAAAAUGCAGAAGCUUCUGCAGAUGUACACAGCACUCCUCGCCGGGUAGGAGUUGCCAACUUGACAUUGGGUGCACCUACUGUGGACAGAGGAAUGCAACAGCCUCUUAACCAGACAUCAAGAGAAGCAAUAGAUGACCUUUCCCAAGGAGACUCAAUAAGCUCUGAGAAAGUGGGGAGUGAUGACAGCUGGCUUACUUCUGAGGAAGAAAACCUUGAUUCUACCCCCAAGAAGCUACAGAAGCCAAACUUGAAACUGUUAAUGAAUGCUUCCCAGCAGUUCAGGAAAAACAUUGAAAGCCCGAAGUCACCAAACAAAACCCUCAAACAAAGAGCCCUAUCAAAUGCAAACCUAAACAAAGAGUGUGAAGCGUUGAGUCAAGAUGUCUCAGAUGCUAGCAACCUGGAGGAAGAAGAAUUGGAGGAGGAGGAGGAAGAAGAUGGUGAAAAUGACAGUGGAGAUGAGGAAGAGGAAGAAGACGAGGAGGAAGAAGAGGAAGAAGAGGAAGAGGAUGAAGAUCUUACUCAAAAUAAAGAGGAGGCAGAUCUAGAAGAUGACGAAUCUCAGUCCAGUGAUGUACUGGAGGAGGAGCAGGGGAAGAAAACAGAACUUAAAGAGGAAAUUACUCAAAGAUCGGAGUAUUUUAUUAACCCUAAAUAUGAAGAGCAAGAUCAGUGUGGAACUGAAGAUGUUUGUGAUGAUGAUGACAAAAUAAUUAAAGAACUUGAUGAAAAGGGGGAGGAAUCUGUGGUUACUCCUGUAUCUUUUAUAGAUGGUUAUUAUGAAAGGUUGCAGGAAAGUGUAACUGCCAUGUCUCCCAGGAUAAUGAAUAAUGAAGUAACUUACAAGUCAGUACCAAAGCAAACUGUUUUUCAAAAUCGAAAUAACUUGCAAGAUACACAAGAAAGCUGGAACAUGAAAAGCAUAUUUCAGGAUAAGUUUCACAGAAAUUCUGAUUCUUGUUUUGCAGGCUCUGAAGUGACAGACCAGAAAAAAGAGAUACCUCAGCCUUUCUCAGAUAGUUGUGGUCUUAAGGAUAAGAAGUCAAGCUUUGGUAACGGCUUAGAAAGUGAUAAUAGUUCUCUGUCAGCAGCAAAAAAUCCAGGGCUUGAAAUUCGAAAAUCAAACUCUAUAGUUCUUGAACGUGAAGAUGAUGAAGAUACUAAAGAACAACAAUGUGAAGAAAGAAAUCGUAACGUCUGUGAAGUGCUGAUACAGGAAAGUGAAAACUUGCACCUAACUAAUCAUGAAGAAAAUUUAAGAGCAGCACUUCACUCAAGGACCAAAGAACGAUCACCUGAGCAGGAAGAAAAGGAGGAGCAGCAGCAGAAGAAACAAGCUAGUGAGGAGCUACAAACCACAGUUGUUGAGGGUGUGAAAAAUUCAACUCGUAAUGACAGUCAUCAAGUCCACAGUGCAGCAAAAGACAACCCUGAUGGCCCUCCAUCAGAGGGAUCAGAGGAGGAGGAAGAUUCUCAAUCUCCCUGGGAUUCUGAGCCAGAUUGUGGAAGUCUGAGAAAAGUAACAUCCGGUGUGUUUCUCCCAGCCACAGACAUAGAUGGAAAAUACGCACAGAUUAUUGCAGGGGAAUGCAGCAACGACCUUUUGAAGAAACCCAACAAUUCACAGCUGAAGGAUCCUGAACCUGUUUUGGAAAUGAAUGAAACCUCUCCUAAAAAAGGACAUCAGAAAUCAGAUGGCCCUCCAUCAGAGGGAUCAGAGGAGGAGGAAGAUUCUCAAUCUCCCUGGGAUUCUGAGCCAGAUUGUGGAAGUCUGAGAAAAGUAACAUCCGGUGUGUUUCUCCCAGCCACAGACAUAGAUGGAAAAUACGCACAGAUUAUUGCAGGGGAAUGCAGCAACGACCUUUUGAAGAAACCAAACAAUUCACAGCUGAAGGAUCCUGAACCUGUUUUGGAAAUGAAUGAAACCUCUCCUAAAAAAGGACAUCAGAAAUCAGAUGAGUGUUUGGGAUCUAGCUUUUGUGUGUCAUCACCUGAAAAAGAAGACAUCAAGGAUACUAUUGAAAACUGUGGUGUGCAGGAUAAAUACAUUCUAGAAACUACCAACUUGAUAGAAAAAACAACACAUGAAAAUCACACUAACAAAGCAGAAAUUUCACAUCAGGAAGAAAACGAAGAAUUACACAGUUCUGACAAGUGGUUAAGUCCAAAUCAUUGGGAAGAAAGAUAUGAAAAAAUGUGGGUUGAAAAUGAGAAAAAGGAAUUGAAAACAAAUUUUAAAAACAUUACAGCAGAGCUGAAGCUGCUGUUUGGUGAAAUUAAUGAAACUGGGAAAACUUCCCUUGCGAAAGAAAUGUCAGAAGAUGGCUUCAGUGAAGUACUGAAGAGUUCUCACCUUGCUCCAUCUCAUACAACGGAGUCAAGUAAUAAGUUAGAAAGUAAAGGUGAAUGUGGAGAUACUAAACUUAUGCUUGACAGGAAAGUACCCGAAAUGGAAAUGGUAACUGCAAGUCAUGUCCUCCACGAUAAAAACAAUUUAAACACAAAUGUGGAAGAUGCCUGGAGUAUAGAUGAAAAUGAUGGCACAAACAGUACAGAUAAUACAAAGGUGCCUCUAGGAAAAGGAGAAGAAAAGAAAAUGCCUGCUGUAAAAAUGGAAGAGAACGAAAGUGGAAGUUGUAGAUACACAGAGGGAAGUCCUGAAUACUCCCUGAGACAUAGCUUAAAAACAAGUAUUUUGGAUGGCAUUUCUAAUAAUCUUCUUAAAACAAGACCUGUUUCUACAAGUAAUGAAAAUGCGUUUUUGGUAACAGAAAGGAAACUUGGAAAAUAUCCUGGAUUUAAUGGUGAUAUUCCCAGUGACUGCCUUAUCAACAGUAAUAAGUUAGGAAAAACUGAAAUGGAGAGUCUUUUUGCAAAUGCUCAGCAGUCAUGUGGCAUGCUGAAAAGGAAUCUUGAUGAAGAGCUAAACCAAGAUAUCGAAAGAUUUAAGAGUAAGGUAGGAAUGUUGCAAAUGGUAUUCCUGGCUUUGGAGAAAGAGAAGGUACAACUGCAAAAAGAGGUUGAGAAAGAAAAAAGCAAAGAAACAUGUUUCAAAACACAGGAGCUGCCAAAACAAGAAGAUCUCAAUAAAUUAGAUACACCUUCAGGGAACAUUACUAACCAGCAAGUUAUGCAAAAGCUUACUGUAAGGAAUAAUGAUCAUUUGAAAAUGGAGAAUGAAAACACUAUGGCAGAAAAAGGCAAAAAAUGCCUUUCAUCUGAAGAGAGAUCAACAUUGAUUAAAAUGCCAACGAAAGGUACAUUUUCCCUGAAUGCCAAAGAUGCAAAGAAAAAUAAAAGGCGGACUUCAAAGCAGAAAGCUAAUCAGCACAUGAACUCUUCCAGUGGGAAUACUUCUGAAGUAUUGGAUGAUAGCACUUCCACUGAAACUUCACAGGAUGAAGGAAGACCUGCAGCAAAAACAAGGAGGGCAAAGAAUAAGGCCAGCAUGCAAAUGGAUGUAUCUGAUGAUGACCUUGAUUCAACACAUUCAUCCGACACAACUUCAGAGGACGUCAAAUUAACAACUCCAAACUACAAAAAGGCUGCCUUGCUGCUGGAACAGCUUAGGGUGCAUCUCUUGGGUUCUACUGUUUCACAAAUUCAAGAUGUUCUUCUUGAGUAUGAACAGAUGAUAAAACGUGAAAAAAAAGGGUACAGAACUGUCUGCAGAGAACUAAGGAAACUGGAAAGUGAAAAGGAGUCAUUACAAUUAAUAGUGAACAAGACUCAGGAUUUGGCACAGCUAGAAAUGAAAUGGAAAAAUGAUAUCCAAAGCCUUAAACUUACUUUAGAAGAACAGGAGGAAAAAAGGCUCACAGCAGAAACACUAUAUGAGAGAACAAGAGAAAAACUUAGAAGGAAAGAAGAUCAAUACUGUAAAGAGAUGGAGGAGAAACAACAACUCGAGUUACACUCAAGGAAUUUAGAAAUUGAGUUAAUAACAGUGAAAAAACUUUUGAAAGAGGCUGAAGAAGAGUGUGAUGAAACACAGAGACAGCUCUCUCAGGAAAAGAGUGCCAGAGCCUUGCAAGAAGGAAUCUUGAAUAACCACCUUUGGAGACAGAAGGAGCUAGAAGAAGAGACAAGAAGAACUAUAAGAAAAAAUUCAGAGGAAUUCGACAGUGAGAGAGAAAAAGAUCUGUUGUACAAAAAUCACUUGCUACAAGAUGAGAUUGCUAUGUUAAGACUAGAACUUGAUCAAGUAAGACUGAGGCACCAGGAGGAAAAAGGCAAAUACGUAGAGGAAAAUGAGACCUUGAAAGAGAAAAAUGAAGAUCUGAAACAAAAACUUAAACUGAACAAGGAAGCCUUAGCACAAACAGUUUUUCAGUAUGAUGGACAGCUGGACUUAGUAAAGACAGAAUCUGCAAUGCUGACUUCUGAACUUGAGAAGGCAAAAGAAAACAAAGAUAGACUAGAGACAGAAAUUGAAUCAUUUCGUGCCCGCCUAAACUCUGCUGUUCAAGAACUUGAACGUUAUCAGUUGUUCCAAAGUGGUGCUGAACAAAAGUUUCAAAAAGACCGUGAUGAAUGGCUUCGUUUGAAGGACAAGCUCCAUCAUGACGUCUCUGAUAUGCAAAAAGACAAGAAGAGCCUGUCUCAGCAGCUGAGUAAAGCCGAAAGCAAAGCUAAUAGUCUAGAAAAUGAGCUUCACCAGUUGAAACAAACACUUGGAGAAAAAACAUUACUUUUAGAAAUGACACAAAAAGAAUUAAAUCAAGCUCAGUGUCAGGCAAAGGAAUGUGAUCACGCUCUACAACUUGAGAAAGAUCAAGUAAGCAAAUUUAUAAUAAAGCAGGAAUCCAUGAAGGAACGAUUGGCCCAGCUCCAGAGUGAAAACCUUUUGCUCCGUCAGCAACUGGAAGAUAUGCAGAACAAGGGAAUCAUUAAAGAAAAAGUAGUGAAUGAUGUGCAGGAGCGGUUUAAUGAUAUCUUCAACAAGCUCAGAGCUGAUACUGAAAAGCAAGUUUACCUAGUAGAAGAGAGAAACAAGGAAUUAAAUGCCAAAUAUACUGAUUUAAGAGAACAAAUCUUUAAAUACGAAACAGACAAAGUAGAGAGAGAGGGCAUGGUCAGACAGCUGCAGCAGGAGCUUGCAGAUGCUCUUAAGAAGCAAUCUAUGUCAGAAGCUUCACUUGAAGUUACUACACGCUACCGGAGUGACUUGGAGGAAGACAAAUUGCACUUACAAAAGGAACUGGAAAAGGUUAAAACCAAGUUGCAAGAGUUGGAAGAACAGCAUCUCCAGUCUGAACAUUGUGUUCAUGACUUGAAGACUGAGUUGGAUGAUAAAGAAAGAGAACUAAUAGCUUCCUCCCAGAAACUCCAGGACCUCCUAUUGGCAUCCUCUGGGACUACCACUACUAUAAAACAACUAGAAGAACAUGUUCAACGCCUAGAAAUUGAAAAUGCCCGAUUGGAAGCCACAGUCCAACAACAAAGCACUAGGAUUGAAGCGCUUCAGAGAGACCUGCAAGUUUCUGCUUCAGUUCAUAAACGCUUGGAAGACUUGAUAACUGGCUUCCAGACAACACAGGCAGCUAUAGAGAACCACCACCAGCAGCAGAUACAAAAGCAGAAUGUGGUGUCCAUGGCUUCAAAGGACAGUGUGUGGGAAGAGCAAUUGAGGUCAAUAGCCCAACUUGAAAAGCGUGUUGCUCAGCUUGACAGGGAAAAGGCUGAUCUCUUGGAACAGUGUGAGAGAGAAAGAAGGAAAGUGAAAAAGCUGGAAGAAUUGAAACAUCCAGUUGAAAUGCAUCUGGACCAAGAAAUUAAAAGAAAUGUUGAACUGCAGGAAAACUGUAAGAGGUUGAAGAGGCUUCUCAAUAGAGCUGUGAGAAAGCUACGGCUCUAUGAAGAGAGAGAGAUGGAGUCCCAGCUUAAUUUGCAGGGAGAAAUGAAGAACAGGUCUUCUAAAUUGAUCAAUGAAGUUGGUGAAUUAAGAGCAAAGGUUGGUGAACUUUCCCAGCAGCUGGAGAUAAAGUCUAAAAAAUGCGUGCAAUUAGAAGUGCAAAAUCAAGAUUUGCAAGAAGAGUUGUCCACCGUGCGUGGGAACCAUGAAAAACUGGAGAAGAGCAAAUGCCAGCUGAAAGAAGAGGUGGCUGACCUUAAACAUCGUUUGGAGACCAGCAUGAGCCAAAUGGAGGAAUAUAAGAGAGCCGCAGAUGAGCGAGCCGACCAAGAAAUAAGGCAUAAAAUACAAGAAGUCAAUCUAGUUUUGCAGACACAGGCAGCAUUUCAGGACCAGACAGAACAAAUCCGAGCCAGUCAUCACGCUACAUUGAGAAACCAGCUAAACCAGAGAAUUAAACAUCUCGAACGUGAAUUGGACAGGAUUAAAAGUACCCAACAAGACAGUAUUUUUCAAAAAGAAUCCAUGCAGGCAGAAGUGGAAAAGUACAAAGAGCUGUAUCUGGAGGAAAUAAAAAUUAGAGGACGCCUAGCAAAUAAGCUGGAAAGAGCUAAUGAGAAGCUAGCAGAAGCCAGUGCCAAGCUUCUUCAGGAGCAGCACAGAAGCAAGUCUUUAUUCGCAAGCAGCUUUGCCAGUGGAGAUCUGGGUGCAAGUCCAGUUCUGUAUUCAACUGAACUGGGACAUCUUGGCAACAAUUUGGCACUGAACAGAAGUCUAAGUCUAGGAGCAAGCUUCCUAAGUCCAGCAAGGAUCACAUUAUCAUCAAGAAAGAGUGUUGAAGCUUUCGUGGCUAAGGUGCGGCAGGAAAUGGAUGAAAAAGUCACUAAAGAACUUGAACGGGUCACUGCUGAACUUGAAACUGGAUCUGCUGGAGCUUCUCCCACUGGAUCUGCUGAUAGAUCUCCCAAAAACUUCUGUGUUGACCAAGAUCCUCUUAACAAGGUAAUACAGGAGUACCGUGAUGUUUUAACCAAAAAUUACAUGAUUUGAUAAUAUUCUAGGAAAGGACUCAAAAUCAUUGUUUACACAGUGCAUCUGUAGUUUGUCUUCCCACGGGGUCAUAUGUGAAAAUGUGUUUAUUGCAGCCUGAACGUAAAUGCUAAGCCUUUAAAAUGGAUGUCAAGCACAUUGCACUUACCUGUUGGUUUAUUGAGGCACAGUUGAUUUUUUUUGCACUCAUGAUAAAAAUCAUAUCUGGGUUUUUUUUCUAACUAGCAGAUUUACUGAUCUUGAUUCUUGAGGUUGAUAGAACUGUCAAAAUACCUUAUGAAGGUGGAUGCACUCUUGCUCCACACAUGGUCUGUGUUUUAACAAAAGCAUUCCCUUUCUUUGCUUUCUGUUUAUUCUUUUCACUUUGUUUCAUUUUUAAAUGUUUUCAGUAUUAUUUUUGAGCCUCGUGGUUCAGUCCUGAUGCAGUGAAUCUUUCUGCUGAUAAGUUUUACCACUGUUCAAACUGGAGAACAGGGCACUUCAUAUUGCUGUCACUUUAUGCAUUUUAGGUUUAAAAAUUGCUGUGAGUGUGUAGUAGUGCCAAGAAAGUUGUGGUCUUUUGGUAUAUUUAUUUUGUUUCACAAAACCACAGGACAGGUGAGACUGGAAGUGACCUCUGCAGGUCAUCUGGUCCAGCCUCCUUGCCUCAAGGAGGACCACCUAGAGCCACUUCCCAAGGCCCGUGUUUGGUUUUUAGUAUUUCCAAGAUGGAGACUCCACACACUCUAUGAACAAACUGUAUCAGUGCUCAGACACCUUCACGGUAAAAACGGGUUUCCUGACACUCAGGCAGAACCUGCUGUGCUUCAGUUUGUGUCCACUGCUUCCCAUGGUAUUCAGACUGAUUUUUGUAUUCAAAAAUGCUGCAGCUUUCCAUGUUUGCACUUCUAUAUCAGCAUCUGUGAUACACCUGAGCAUAUGAGGGGGUGAGGGAAAGGAAUGCUAAUACAUUGAAUUCAGUCCCCUCAGUACUUUGCAAAACUUAUGUGAUACACUCUCUUGCUGCUAGCAGCUGAUGAUAUGGUGGCAGUAGGCCAGAUGGUAGCCAGUGUUGUGGGCAUUUGUAUCGAUAAAACAAGCAGUGUUACUUAUUUCAGGGAGUUAGCUUUUGUUACUGAAGAUUCAUAGUUGUCAUUUCCCGUCUGCAAAAGGCACUAGUGAUCUAAGAAGAUUAUAGAACAAAGUCCCAGUUCUGGAAGAGUAAGAAUGGUUGUACUGAAAGGAAUUAAGACUGGAUAGAUGUGGGAGUUUUACCCACUAAUGCAAGGACUUAACAGCCUGUGAAGAAAACAAUGAAUGCUGCUGUGACACUGUUCCUUUUUAUAUUAAUACAUUUUUGUGAAGUUAAUAUACUAUUUAAUUCCAGAUGUUCUGUUUCAACUUUGUGUUUAAUAAACUUGGGAAUCUAGUACA